UAGUCAGUCCUUGCUACGGGGAGACGGUCCGGAUGGGAUUUGAACCCGGUCCAGCCGUGUAGACCGCCGGCGUUUUUCACAUGCACCAUCGGGCCGCCCCGGUGACGCAGAUUACCUGUACAUGAAAUAAAAAAAUUAAUAUAAAACGUUAUAAAUCAAUUCAAAAUUCAUGUGUUACAAUAAAUAGUUUUCAAAAUACAUGCAAAACUCGUUUGUAUUUUUAUUCAUCCAAUUUUACGCAACAAUCCUUUGUUUCGAACUUAAAGGAAACACAACUCGCGUGUGAUUCAGCUGUAGCAGAGUUAGCGUUGAUCCAGUAGCAGCUCAACAAUUAGGAUUGCAUUCGCACCUCCCGCACUUAUUCACUUUUUUCCUGAAUCUGUUUCCAUAUGAUGAUUUGACAAUGAUUUGCUAAUUUACCCAUUUGAACGUCGUAAAACGUGAGGAGGAAGUUAAACUAAAUAUCCGAAUAAACAACUGUUCAGUUUUCACAAACCAGUUGUACAAAUAUUUUCUUCAUAGAUCUUGUUGACUUUUCUGGAAGACUAAACCAAGGAUAAAAGUGUUCUCAUGAUAUGAAGCAAACCUUGGAACUGUAUGUGGGCCUUUUGAAAAUGUAACCAUAUCUUGGAUAAGAAAUGCAUACAUUUUAUCUUUCUGUUGCAUUAUUAGAAUUGGUCUACAUGUACAGGUUUUUUUUAAAUUUUAUUUGUCCAACUGUAAUGUCAAAUGUAAUGGGAAAUAAACAUUAUCGAACGUUCAUCCUUUUUAGGCAACCACCACAAACACCCCUAAACAGACCCGAACGAACGAAUGAAAGAACGAAAUCAAAGUCGUUGUUUGUUCAGCUUCUAUAUGGAGUGCACCUUAUAGGUCGGAUUGCUUAUCGUCCAGCCAGAGAAAAAUCUCCAAGUUAAAUCAUUUUCAUCAUCACAACCGAUUUUUUUGGUAAAAUAUGGCGAUAUCACAAGUGACAUGAUCUUUUUCCCAUAUCUUAGGUUGAACAACUUUAGUUAGCCUGCUGCUCAGUUGCCUCGCCUGACACUUCCAAAAAUCCAUACUGACCUUGUACUUUUUCACUGUUUGGCCGACUGAUGUAACCUUCAGAAAGAACGAAGACAUCACUUUGCUAUUGUACUUCAUUUUUAGAUUUUGCUGCACAUUUGAGUAGAGUCUCUGACCUAUUUUUAGAUUUCGAAGGAGGCUUAUGAUUGUGCAGUUAUUUUUUCUACGCUCAAUUACAUAUCAGGAUCGAUCAGCGAUCAGUAGAUGUAUAAGAAUUUGUUUUCUUUUAAGCUUGAAUGUUGGGGUAUGAACUAACAAUUUUCAAAUUUCCCUCGAAUCCGCGAAUAUUGCAUAUUUUUCACAAUUUCAAAAACCAGUUGUACAAAUAUUUUCUUCAUAGAUGUUGUUGACAUUUCAGGAAGACUACAACAAUAAGAACGAUGAUAUCUUAUGAUACCACGCUAAUCGGUUAAAUUGCUUUUGAAUGUCAGAGAAGGUCAAUUUUGGAGAAAUCCGGCAAAUCUGCGAAUAUCAAUCAAGUACAAGAAGUCACGGACUGCUUCCACUACCAUUUCCACCAUCGGACCGUCCACUCAGGGAUUAUGAGUGUGUUAAAUUGAACAUAUAUUCAUAUAUUGAAGAUAUAUAUUCAUGUCUGCGAUAAGCAAGACGUGUAUUGUCUCUUUCUGUUGCAUCAACAUUAGAAGUGGACUAUAUCCACAGCUGUUCGUAUUUAUAUUUGUUCAAUUGCACGCAAAAAUCUUUUGUAGGUCUUGCACCUACAAGAAACACAACUCGUGCGUCAUAAGAACAGUCAAGGGUGCAUAGUGUAUUGCGUGAUAGAAACAGUAUAAAAAUUUCGGUUUACUGUUAGUGAUCUACAGUUUUUGAGUUGAUCCAGUACGUGGUACGUGUAUAUUCGUAGAUCCCAGAAAGAUGAAGCAAGUGUGCAUUCUUCUAGCUGUGCUGCUCUGCACGGCAACCGUAGCGGACGCCAUAGUUUAUGUUUACGCGUCAACGUGUGCGAAAUGUAAAGCCAUCGGUGCACGCUACUGUGGCUAUGCGGGGAGACAGAGGGUCUCAUGCGACGGCCAGUACACUAUCAAUAACUGUGUGGACUGCAAACGAAAACUGGGUCGCUGUACGGACGGAUUAAUUACGGAGUGCUUCUUGUGAGCCAAAUUGUGCACCGUUAACCCUGGCAAUGAUUUGAUAAUUUAUCCCUUAUGACGAUUUUUUUUUUCAAAACAUAAAAUGUGACUAGGUAGUCAGUGAUUAAAUAUAAAAAUAAAUGAGUUCUUAUAUCACAGGUAACAUGAUCUUUUUUCCAACUAUCAUUCCCAUAGUUCAUUAACAUUUCCACAAACCACUUGAACAAAUACUGUCCUCAAUAGAUUUGGUUGACAUUUCCGGAAAACAGAACCAAGAAUAAAAGUGUUCCUACAAAUCUGCGAGUAUCAAUCAAGUAAGUACAAGAAGUCACGGACUUCUUCAGUUCUGCGCACGGGGGUUCGGUUUGGAUAAGAUUUCAUACCCGAUCCUGUAGUGUAGAGAUUGGUACAAUCGCCACCACCGAACCGUCCACUCAGGGAUUACCAGUACGAGAAAUUGAAGAUAUAUUCACCCACUAAUUCUUAAUUCAUCACUCAUCUCUUCAUCAUGUCUUCGAUAAGAAAUACAUAUAUUGUAUCUUUCGGUUGUAUGAUCAUUAGAAUUGAGCCACAUCCACAGCUGUUUGUAUUUUUAUUUGUUCAAUUGUACGCAAAAAUCUAAGGUUUUGUUCCUACAAGAAACACAACUCGUGGAAGAUAAAAACAGUCAACAGUACAUAAUUCGUUGCGAGAUAGAUACUUCGGUUUAAUGUUAGUGAUCUACAGAUUUUGAGUUGAUCCAGUACGUAGUGCGAGUAUAUUCGUAGAUCCCAGAAAGAUGAAGCAAGUGUUCAUUCUUCUAGCUGUGCUGCUCUGCACGGCAACUGUUACGGACGCCAUAGUUUAUGUUUACGUGAGUUUUGCAGCUCAACUAUUAAUUCGUUUGCAGCAGCCACAUUUAUUAAUCGCUUUCCACAGGGGUCAACGUGUGCGAAAUGUAAAGCCAUCGGUGCUCGCUACUGUGGCUAUGGGAACCUCAGGCAGGGGGUCUUUUGCGACGGUCAGGUAGGCUUG